AUGCUGGGGGACGCCGGGGCAGUCGCGCUGGCCCGGCUGCUGCGUGCGUCGCCGACCACGCAGUCGCUUUCCGCAAGUUCAAACUGCAUCGGCCCUCGUGGGGCCCUCGAGAUCUUUGAGGCCCUCUUGCAGGACUGCAGCCUCACGUCGCUCGACCUCUCCUCGGGCGGCACUCCGGCGGAGAGGAAUGUGAUAGCAAGAGGGCACGAGAGGCCCGCGAUCACAGCCCUCGCUAAAGUGCUGCAGCGUUCGCCAGCCCUAAGCAUCCUUCGGCUGGGAGCGACCGCGAUCGGGCCCGAGGCAGCAGCCGAGCUUAGCGCUGCGCUUCCGCUAUCUUCCUCCCUGAUGGAGCUUUCCUUGCCCAGUAACGGCUUGGGCCCCGCCGGUGCCGCCGCCAUCGCUGAGGGCGCGGCGCACGCGCAAUCCUUAGAGACGUUAAAUCUAACGGCGCGGCCAUGCAAGACUUCAAAGCUGCAACACUCAAGGAACAGGGAUCCACUUCUGAGAACAAGCCACGAGCAGGCCUCCGUCUCCUUUGUUGCGUCCGCCUUCGCCAAGCAGGCCGCCUUCCCCUUCGGCCCCGAUACGCGCCGUGCCCGGCACCGUACCUGUCGCCUGCCUCGCCUUGACCAGUUCGUCAAGCUGAUCGGUAGGCUGGCACGCAACGAGCUCGGAGAUGAAGGAGCGAGGGCCUUCGCCGCUGAGAUUGAGAAGGCUGCCAGGGCGUCGGUUAGCACCAUCGUCCUAACUGAGCUCAGCCUAGCCUCGAAUGGCGUGGGUGAUGAUGGGGCGUGCGCUUUGGCAGUUGCCUUGAAGUGCAGCGGCGAACACUAUCGCGGAGCUGCUGCAUCGGCUCCGCUGCGCGUGACAAAACUAGACCUGAGCGCAAACCGGCUCGCGGACCGCGCCGCAGUGGAGCUGGCACACGCUCUCUCGGCCGAGGCUUCCAGUCUACAGGUGCUCAACCUGAACGAAAAUGGGAUCGGCAACGAGGGUGGUGCAGCCCUCGGGCGCGCACUCCCAUCCUCGCCGGGCCUUCGAAGGCUGGGACUAAAGAGCAACCCGCUCGGUGGCGGCGCUGGGGAGGCCCUCGCCGCCGGACUCGAGGGCAGCAGCGUGCUGGCGCUCAGCCUAGAGAACAGCGCUGUGCCCUACAGCUGCGUCGAAGCAGCUGAGCGGCUGGUAUUAGCCAAUCGGAAGCGGUGGGAGGAAGGCAGGCCGCAGCGGAGCGAGAGCAGGAGGCGUGCGCUCGAGACGACAUCGGAAGAGCUCAAUCGGGUGCGAGCGCAACUAGCCUGGGAGCGGGCCGAGCUCACGGCGACUGAGGCUCAGUUGGAGGAGGCGGCUGCGCAGCUGUACAGCCUGAGGGGCGAGAUUCACUCACGAGAGGAGGAGGACGAGGCUAGGCUCGCCGCUUGCCAGGAAAGUACCCGUCAGGCCGAGCUCUCGGCUCGGGAAGAGGCUGAAAAGCUCGCCAAAGACCGGAAAAUGUGGCACGAGACGCUCAACAUGAAGGAGGCUUCACUUCUAAUGGCGGAAAAAGCGGCUGCACGCGCGCGAGAUCGUAUGAAGCGCGCCAAUUGCUCCACCAAAGUGGAGGUGCGCAGCGUGGUCGCGGAGGUAGAGCCGCUCCGCGAGGCUGUAUUGCUGGCUUCCGCAGCGCUGGAGAGCGCAAAUGAGGCUGCGUGCGAGGCGGAGGCGAGACUAACUCAGGAAGCGCUCGGAGAACAAGGUGUGUCACCAAUAUGUGACAGGUAA